CAAGAAAACGGAAUUUGGGAAAAAACUGAAAUAGGCAAUGAAUAAAAAACUAUUAUAAAAGGCCCUACCAAUGUUUUUUGCUGUGCAUGACUGCACUUUGGAGUCUGUGUUCUCCUGCAGCACAGCAUUUUGUGGGGAGUUGAGGUCAGGUCCAAUAUUGACUAUGUACCCAAGAGGGAAAGAGGUUGGGCCAUUCUAUAAAUGUUUUAGUGAAAUAUAAUCUAAUAUAUAACAUUUUGCAGAAACUUUUAUCGAAAGCGAAUUACAGUCAUGCAUGAAUACAUUUUUACGUAUGGGAUGGUCCCGGGAAUCGAACCCAAUAUCCUGGCGUUGCAAUGCUCUACCAAGAAGUAUGACAGGGUUAUAAAUGUUUUGUGAAGCCUCAAUUUAAUAUGAUUUAUAAGGUCUUUAUUAAGCGGUUCUUAUGCCAACCUUUAUAAAGCACAGGUUUAUAUCAUAUUUGACAUUGGUGGUUAUGUCAAACAGUUAUGCCACAUGUAUGAACCCUUUAUAAAGCAUGACAUAUGGUUAUAGAUGAUGUGUAACACAUUUAUGUAGUGUUUAUGAAGGAUUUAUGAAGGCUUUAUGAAGCCUUUAUAAGCUGCACGUCAUUUAAAGCGGGACCGAAUUAAUUAAUGGUGAAAUCUGGAAAGUUUCCAUUGUGUAUUUGGUUGUUUGUGCUUGUAGUCUGUAAAUAGCUAAAUAAAUUGGGCAAUAUGCGCUCCUUCGUCCUUUGAACAACAAUCCACUCUUUGCCAUAGCCUGUUCCCUCUGAAGUUGUAACACUAUCUUCUACUCGAAAUUAUUAGGGCCCUAAGUUAUGGUCGGGAUGACUGCAGAUGACUUUAUUGCUUGCAGCUUUAUUACUUGCCGGCUUCAUAUCAUAGCACAUGGUUUGAAGUUUGAAGAACCAUAAACAUAAGAAAUUAUUAACCAGCUGCAUUCAUAUAUGGCUGAGUGUUACCAGACCAGGACAAGACCAAAUCAAGCAUAUAUCAACAUACGUCUAAACUCCGCUGGACAUUAAGUGCCUACAGAAUGAUAAGAAAGGCAAUACUCCACCUCGUACUGGGAGUGCCAGGUCUCCUUUGUGCUGUUGUUGCCCCAGAAAACAUUGCCUUACGUGGAAAGGCAACCCAGUCGUAUGUGAUAAAUAACGCAUACACAGGUUAUAGUCUUGCAUCAAAUGCCAUUGAUGGGAACCGUGAGUCAAAUUUCAUGGCUGGGUCUUGCACUGCCACUGAGACUCAGACGAACCCCUGGUGGAGAGUGAACCUGCUUGGUGUGUACAUGAUCACAUCUAUCAUAGUCACCAACAGAAAUGAAGAUUCUGAGCGGCUCGAUGGGGCUGAGAUCCGCAUAGGAAACUCCUUACUGGACCAUGGUGUUCGCAACCCUCUGGCUGGGGUCAUUAAAUCCAUUCCAGCAGGUAGAUCUCUCACUCUGAGGUGGACAUCAGGUGUAGAAGGACGUUAUGUGACUGUGGUUCUACCAGGCAAGAACAGAAUUCUAACACUCUGUGAAGUGGAGGUGUAUGGGUACCAUUCUUCAACUGGAGAGAAUGUGUCGUUGAAGGGAAAAGCCACCCAAUCUUCACUUCAUAAAUUUGGAUCUGCGUACAAUGCCAUUGACGGGAACCGUGAUGGCCGUUGGGCACAUGGCUCCUGCACCCACACUGAAGUUGAACUGAACCCCUGGUGGAGGGUGGACCUUCUGAAGACCUACAAAGUGUUCUCUGUCACCAUCACCAAUAACUUAGACGUUAUUCCCAGCAGACUGAAUGGUGCUGAGAUACGUAUUGGAAACUCCCUGGACAACAACAAUGGCAACAACAAUCCCAGGUGUGCUGUGAUCUCCUCUAUCCCAGCGGGCUUCUCCAGCACCUUCCAGUGUAACGGCAUGGAAGGACGAUAUGUCAAUGUGGUCAUUCCAGACAGAAGAGAGUACCUGAUUCUGUGUGAGGUGGAAGUGUACGGAGCACAGCUGGUUUGAUAAAUCAGUACUCACGAUACUACCAUGGCUUGCUAGUUCCUUGCAACCUGCCAAGGAUUACAUUAACCUGAAACACUGUUUUUGUAUACAGUAUGAGAUUGAAUUGCAUGAGAAUAUAAAAUCCACUCAUUUUCUUGUUUACAUUCAAAAUGUUUUCUUUAUUAAAUCAUAUAUUACA